AAAAUACCAGUAUAUACCUCUUAUAUCCCGUAGAUUUAAAAUACAGUGAAAAAAAGAAUAUACACCAUGAGUACUUCAGUCAUCGAACAAAAAGCUGUUGAAAGUGUCGCUGAUCCAUUGCAAGAAUCUUCGAACUCCCAGUGCGGAGGAAAAGACCCCGCCGCUGCAUGCGUACCGUGGCCAAUCCCACCACCGAACCCAAGUCCAGAAGUGAAAUAUACUAAGCUGUUUAUCAACAACGAGUGGGUGGACUCCGAAGGCGGCAAAACUUUCCCCACGAAGUGUCCCUCAACUGAAAAAAUCACAGCCGAUGUUUCCCUCGCAAGUGAUGCUGAUGUUGAUAAGGCUGUACAAGCUGCAAAGCGUGCGUUCGCUGCUGCUUCUUGGAGGAGAAUGGAUGCCUCCGACAGGGGCGCAUUGAUGAAUAAACUAGCCGACAAGAUAGACGAAAACAAAUACUAUUUAGCUUGUCUAGAGAGCAUGGAUAGCGGAAAACCGUAUACGCAUACGUUUUUCAUGGACACACUGGGCAUUUCGAAGAUUAUACGCUACUAUGCCGGUUGGACAGACAAAAUCCACGGUAAAACAUUGCCAAUGGAUGGCGAAUAUCUCAGUUACACAAAAGUGCUGCCGUUGGGAGUAUGUGGAUUAAUUGUACCGUGGAACAUGCCAUUAAUAUCACUGGCAAUGAAACUUGGACCUGCUCUUUGUUGCGGUAACACCGUCGUCGUAAAACCAUCAGAAUACACACCGCUAUCCACUCUAUUUGUCGCGUCGUUGGCUCAAGAGGCUGGGUUUCCCGCUGGAGUAAUCAAUGUUGUGCCCGGAGCAGGAAAAACAGGCGCGGCGAUUGCAGCACACAAAGACGUCAACAAAGUUUCAUUCACCGGAUCAGUGAAGGUGGGGAGACUUAUUGAAGAAGCUGCCACGAAGAGCAAUUUGAAGAAAGUCAGCCUCGAAUUAUCUGGAAAUAAUCCAAACAUCAUUCUUCCAGACGCCGACGUGGAUGUUGCCGUAGAACAAGCUCAUCAGGCAGUGUUCAUGAAUCAAGGACAAAUGUGCACAGCAGGGUCACGGACUUUCGUUCAUGAAGAUAUUUAUGAAGAGUUCGUGGCAAAGAGUGUGGCAAGAGCUAGUCGGCGAGUUGUCACGUCACCGUUCGAACUGUUUUGCGAACAAGGACCACAGAUAAGCCAAGAUCACUUUGAUAGAAUUUUGAAUUUGAUUCAAACGGGCAUAAAAGAAGGUGCAAAACUUGAGUGUGGUGGCUACAGACACGGAGAAAAAGGUCUUUACAUACAACCGACAGUGUUUUCAGACGUCAAAGAUCAUAUGACCAUAGCAAAAGAAGAGAUUUUUGGACCAGUGCAAUGCAUUUUCAAAUUCAGCACACUGAACGAGGUUAUUCAGAGAGCCAAUGACACUCCUUACGGUCUAGUUGCUGGCGUAUUCACAAAUGAUAUAACGACCGCAUUUGAAGUAGCAAACGAACUAGAAAACGGGACAGUUUGGAUCAAUUGCUUCAAUGCGUUUGCUGCCCAGACACCAUUCGGCGGAUGUAAAAUUUCCGGGAAAGGAAAAGAAAUGGGAAAAGCUGCUAUUAAUGAAUAUUCUGACACAAAGACAGUCACGGUGAAAGUUCCUCAAUUGGUGAAAGCCAGACCCGUUGCCAGAGAAUACAGUUCAACUAGUCUUCACAAUGACGAAUUAUCCUGCCAAGAACCAAAUGCCGUCAACGGCAUUUAAAGCUAUCCUAUGCAGUCUACGAGCCAUUAUAUUCCUAAUGACUCGCAGGCAAUCGCAUUCUCCGAAAACAGUUGUGAUUGGUGUCAAUGAUAAACUAAGACCAGUGUAAAGACUCGACGAAGAAUAUCGUUCCAUUGUGAUAACUGGAGACUCCAACUGAACUAUGUAAUUUAUUUGCUUCUCCUCUCGUUUUAUUGAACUAUUUUAUUGUAUGAUUUUUUUUGUUACCAUAUAAUAAGUGUAAAAAUAUACGUGGUCUUGAAAUUAACAAUUUGUUCAACUUCACAAAUUGUGGACAUCUGAUUCAAAAAUAUCUGAGCAGAAGAUUUUUCUUGAUAUCAUGGUGGCGGGCCCCAUGAGCUUGGCCCUUGAAUGUUUUAUAUAUAGGCUAUGUAAGAUAGAAUAGGUGAUAAAUACAUUAUUAUUCGACUCCAAAACUCUUUGGUAAGAGGUCAGUUAGCCGUAUAUCCACAAUAUACUUCUGCAAUCUCUUGGAAAUAGCGUAACAACUCCGUCUACUGGUAGACAUUUUGCCUUACUUUAUGUUUAUGUUAUUCUGUAAAUUAAAUGUAAAUUUAAAAAAGAA